AUGAAUUCUUCUCCUCCUGUUAAGUAUACAUGCUGGAGCGACACAUUCAACACCAGGCCCGUAGCCGAAGGCCUUCAACUAGCAGUUGGAAGAUCCAAAUAUCUUCGGUAUUGCCCCCCAGAGGAAAACACUCAUGUCGAGAUUCGAUACGAGGCAGGGGUGGUUUCUCUACAUCGUCGACAGGUUCGGAUUGCGUCACAGCGCAUAGACGAAGCUCAAGGAACGUUGCCGGAAACUUUUGGUGACAUUGUUAUGCAUGCGGAGAGGCUUUCUAGAGCGCACCGUGUACUUGAAUUGCGAUGUGAAGGGGGGGAAGAGAGUCUGGAACACGCUGUAGACUUUCAGGUCGGUUUUGUGGAGGAAAAAAAGCCUGGCAGGCUAUUUCAAAAAAGUGAUAACCGCGUCAACGAGGGAGAUCGUCUUUAUAUUCGAUUGAAUAACAAGGGAGAUAGCCCGGUUUAUGUGUCUGUUUUCAAUGUCAACAUUGCGGGCCACAUCUUUCUAUUGACACCACGACACCCUUUGGGUAUGAAAAUACCUCCCGGAGAAUCUAAGGCCAUAGGAUAUACUGCCUUCAACGUUUUGAAAGGCCUCGAGAUGGUCUGGCCAGAAGGCCUCUCUAGAGAUUCACCGAUUGAAGAGUGGUUUCUGUUUGUGCUUUCAGGCGCCCCGGUUGAUUUACGAUACUUAUGUGAUUCGAUGGAUCGCGAUCUUAUCUCCACUCUCAACCGCAAUGUGCUACUCCCAGAAGAAGAAAGCCUCGAUAAUCGUUACGAUAUAGCUUAUAUACCGUUCUCCUUUCAUCCAGCAGCUGCUGAGCCUGGAAAUGGACUUGCUAUCGAAAAAGUUACUCCCUUUCCACCCGACGAAGGGGAUAUUCAGCCUAUGGAUACCAUGCAGGAGCAACAGCAUAUUCCUGCAGCAGAGCUGCCAGAACCCGAAUCUAUGACGGAACAUGAUGACGCCCCACCAACCGUCAUUGGAAAGGGAAUCUUUGGCGCAAUCAAGCGAGCUCACAUCCCGCUCCUUAUUCGGGUUGUAAACCAACACGAUGAAGAGAUUACGGUUGUUGUCUCCAAAUAUCGGCCAAAUCGGAUGCUGUCAGGUGCCUCUGUGAACGCAUCCGCUACCGGCGGAGGAAUAGAAUUCAACACCACUACAUUUGUUGGGCCAGCUACCAAAAAGACACUCCUACCCUGGGACGGAAGCGAUACCGGCCCGACGGCUACCUUCCCUCUCUCGACUCGAAAGGAAGGGUUUGGCGUCAUCACGAUCUUUAAAGGCCCUCAGAAGACACUAUACAUCGAGAACGACCGCGUUCCGCUUGGUGCUACUGCGUAUUUCGUAAAUAAACCUGAUCUGAAGAUUAUAGAAUAUGCUACUAAGCAGGUCUCCUGGGGAUCUAGGAAGUUAAAUUAA